UUGACUGAAGAUGGAGAGUCUUCUCUUGGGGAGGAGACGGUCUCGUCGACGCAGAGUCUGAGUAGUUCGAUUGUGGACUACAGACGUGAGAAUGGAAGGACAUAUCAUCGAUACAAGGACGGGAAAUACAACCUUCCUAAUGACGAACUCGAAGCCGAACGGCUAGAUCUCCAGCAUCACCUGUUUCUCCUUACUUUUGAUGACAGCCUCGGUCUCGCGCCGCCGAAUAAAGCCAAGUCUGAGGUCAAGAGGGUUCUCGACCUUGGCACAGGGACAGGAAUUUGGGCCAUGGACUUUGGAGAUGAGCACCCGGAAACUCAUGUCGUUGGCGUCGACUUGUCGCCUAUACAGCCCACUUUUGUGCCUCCCAAUGUGGAGUUCUUUAUUGAUGAUAUCGACGAGGAGUGGAAUCAUUCUGCCCCAUUUGACUACAUCCAUAGUCGAAUGAUGACAUCGAGUAUCGGAAACUGGCCCGACUAUCUCAAAAAGAUCUACGAUAACCUCAACCCUGGAGGUUACGUCGAGCUCCAAGAAGCCGACCUCUUCCUCUCCUCAGAUGACGGCACCCUUCAACCAACGCAAGCACUCCCCCGCUGUCUCCAGCUCAUGUACGAAGCCUCAGUCAAGCUCGGUCGACCCUACCAAGAGAUCCCCCCUCUCAAAGACGUCCUCGCAGCGACAGGCUUCGUAGACGUCGUCGAGACACGACGUAGAUGGCCAAUCAACACAUGGCCAAAGGACAAGAGACUCAAAGAGCUCGGGGCUUGGAGCAGGGCGAAUCUAGAGGGUGGACUUGAGGCGUUUACUAUGGCACCGCUCACGAGGGCGCAUGGGUGGGAUAGAGAGAGGGUGACGCUGUUUUUGGUUGAUGUUAGGAGGGAGCUGAAUGAUACGGGGAUUCACGCGUAUUGGCCAGUGUACUCGAUCUAUGCAAGAAAACCAGAAGUUUAG